AAAAAGUCGGAUUGGAACUCAGACGUUACAACUGGCGCUAUAACCCGCUCAUCCAUUAAUGGCUCCAACCACAUCCAAUGGCGGCACCCAGCUCUCCUCCAUUGCGCUUUCCAAUGCGCUUAUGAACAAAUUGAAGCCAGCUAAAAUAUAUAAAGGCGCCGUCGAACCUUUGCCACCACCAACACCCGGAAGUUAUACACGCUCGAAUGCAGGACCACGGCAUAUCACUGGAAUAAGUUUCGACGACAGGGGAGACCAGAUCCUGACAGCUGCUGAGGACGAGACUUUCCGGCUUUAUAAUUGCAAAACUGGCAAACAUUUGAAAACUCUUUAUUCGAAGAAAUACGGCGUGGAUCUCCCUCGGUUUACCCACAAGAACACUGCUAUAGUGCAUGCCUCCACUAAAGAAGACGACACGAUACGGUAUCAUUCGUUACACGAUAACAAAUACUUGCAGUACUUCAGAGGCCAUAAGCAACGCGUCGUCUCACUCGAGGUUUCACCCGUAGAUGACGGAUUCAUGUCCGGCUCACUUGACAAGACCGUCCGUCUCUGGGAUCUCCGCACCCCUCACUGCCGAGGCCUCCUCAACCUGCCUUCAGCUCCCAUCGUUGCCUACGACACAACAGGUGUCGUAUUUGCCGUAGCCGUCAACCAUUACUCGCGCAUUCUACUCUACGACCAGGCAAAUUUCGACAAAGCCCCUUUCCUCACUAUCACACUCGAAGAUCCCACCCUGGCCCUAGUAAGCUAUCCCCCACGGCCGAUCUACAUGACCUCGCUAUCCUUCUCUUCAAACGGGAAAUACAUCCUUGUCGGCUGUUCUGGCGAUGCGCACUAUAUCCUCGACGCUUUCGAAGGUCAUUUACUGGCAAAGCUCGAGGGACAUAUGGGAUUAGAACGACGGAGGCUCGACGCACCGGUAAGCAUCGACCCGGUCAAAGGGAACAGCGGGGAGGAGGUUUCGUGGACGCCUGACUCUAAAUAUGUGGUUGGAGGGAGUUUGAACGGUCGAAUCAUCGUGUGGGACGUGCAGCACUUGCCAGCUCGGACAGGCACCCCAGAUUUAAAAACACCUCCAACGCGUAUCCAACCUCUGGUAAAUUUAGAAGGCCAUCCAGGACCGUCUAGAUGUGUAAGGUUUAACCCGAGAUUUGCCAUGAUGGUCACCGCUGGAGCUGAGCUUGCAUUUUGGCUACCCGACCAAACAGCGGACAACGAGGAAAUCGCAAAGGAGCUGCUGAAAAAGAAGUCCAGUUGAUGUACUACUACACUUAUAUUAGACGUGUAAUUAUACUAUUAUUAUCUCGUAUUGCAUGCCUUCUGAAGGUUGCUUUCUCGAAUUUAUGGGAU